CUUUCCCACCUCUGCGUUUAAAAAGGGAGGAGGGACCACUUGUCAGGAAUAUUUUAGAACUGUGAAAGCAGCCAGCCCGGUCAGGAGAGUGUGUGUCUGUGUGUGUGUGAGUGUGUCUGUGUGGACACAGGGGUUAGCCGAACACUUCUCUAGCAGCACAGCCAGUCAGAUCACUUGUCCACUUGCCGGUCAGGUUAUGUGUGUGUGAGGUGCUGCUCUCUACAACGUUACACAUGCAAGACGGAGAGAGAGAGACCAACUUAACCAGAGGAAGGUUUUCCAUCCUUACACAUUGGACUGAGGAGAGUCAACAAGACACGGUCAGUGACAGAAAGACAGACAGACAAAGAGAGAGAGUAACUUCUUCCAGAGUUGGAUGUGCUGGGGAGAUGAUGUGCUUCUAAAAUCAAAAAGCUGAAGUGGAUAUUACCCUAUAUUGACAGAACCAGAGAACACUCUGAAGGGACUUUCAGCUCUCAGCAAGGACUUCACUCCAGAAGUGUGUGAGGUUGACUAAGUGUGUGUGUGUAAGGGAGUGUUUAUUGUGUUUAUCGCCAUGGAUCAGACAACCAGCAGCUGCAUGCGGAGCGCCCACCCCGGCAGCCCCAUCUGGGGGUGCGUGAGGAACCCUCACCCCGGAGCGGGGCUCCAGUCGCCCUACCAGCAGGCCCCUUUCUCCCUGCACCAGAAGCCUGAGUACCUUUCCUAUACAGACUUCUCCACCUCCUGCCUGGUGCCCGCAUCCCACACCGCCUACCCCCGCGACGACAGACUUUACCAAGAGCCCCAUGCAGGCUUCCAGAGGGCCGACUGGCAGUUCCCCCCCUGUGAGACGCGGGGCCGGGGGCAGGAGGCCUGUCGGGUGACGCCCGUGGCGGUGGUUGCUGGAGGAGUUGUGGGGGGCGUAGGGGGGGAGAUGGACAGCACAGGUGGGGAGAGGCUGCCAGGGGCAGUGCCCAGGUGUCUGAAGGGGGAGUACUCGCCACAAGGCAUGGCAUCGGCCGACACAGAGAAGAAGAGCUCCAAGAGGAAGAGGGACGUAAUAGAUAUUCAGGAUUCCAACUUCAAGGUGGACUCUAACUGCAAAGCGAGGAAAGAGCGUACAGCGUUCACCAAAGAGCAGCUCCGGGAACUGGAGGCAGAGUUCACCCACCAUAACUACCUGACCAGACUGCGUCGCUACGAGAUUGCGGUCAACCUGGACCUCACAGAGAGACAGGUGAAGGUUUGGUUCCAGAACAGAAGGAUGAAGUGGAAGAGAGUGAAAGGAGGACAGCCUGCUUCCCCUAACGACCUGGAGGCAGACGACAUAGACUCUGCUGCCUCACCCAGCUCAGAGUGAACACAGAGAGGAGAGGAGGCCCUCAAACACCAACUGGACAUUAAUAGAGAACACAAGACAUCCUAUAAUAUCCCUGGAGAGUCAGCUACUGGAACAAAGCAUUUCUAGAGACUUUGUACGCAGUCUGAACCCCAGUGUGUUUCCGAUUGUAAAUACUGUAGUGCUCUGUCUGCCAAUGUCCAAAGUCAUUUUUUGGAACUUCUCUGUCAAAUGAGGACAAUAUUAGACCUAACUUCAAAGCGGUUGUAACAUUUUCUGUAUUCCCUACAAUCUAACUCCUGGAGCAUUGACUGCGGUGGAGUGUUGGAUCAAACAAACGAAGGAAUGGCUCAAUCUGAGCGAGUUGCAGAGUUCAUCACCCUUCCCAAGUGAGUCAGUGAGAGUCAGUGAUGACAUGCCAGGUCCGCGAUUUGAUUUUGUUUGAGGACAUCUCCUCAGCUCUCGCAUCGUAAUCAUGGCCCUCGACGCUUCACUACAAGCCACCUGCAGACACUCAAACCGUUUCAGCGUUGCCAAGCCUUAAGUGCCCCAAAAUCUGAUUGUAAGUUGUGUUGUCAGGUUUUUCCUAGAAUUUACUCUUUUUUUUGUACUUUUCUUCUUCUUUUUUUACAUUUGAAUGAUAUUGAUAAAACACAGGAUGUUGCCAUUUGAAAUCUGCAAAAAUUAAUAAAUCAUUUUAAAAAAUA